AUGGCCGAUCGUAACCAGCAUAACCCGUUUGGAAGUCAGAAUCCGUACGCCAGUGUUUGUUAUGGCGGCCAGUAUCCCCAGGCCCAACAAGGACAAGAAUACUAUCCUCCACCCUCUUAUGAUGACCAGCAGUACCAUCCAUACAAUCCUACGUCAAGCGGUCAGGGGUACCUGUCGUAUGGACCAGGCAAUCCUCAGCCGGAACAGCCUCAACAGCCUUGCCAACCUCAGCAGUUUCCACCUCAGCAGUUUCCACCUCAGCAGUUUCCACCUCAGCAGUCUUAUCAGCCUCAGUCUCAACAGCCUCAGAAUCUCUACGGACAGAACGCAUCGUACUAUGGCGACACCAAAACACAGCAACAAGGGCAGAAUGCAUCGUCCUACGACCCAAACAUACAACAAGGAGGACAGAAUGCAUCGCACUACGCCCCAAACACACAAAGACAAGAAGAACCUAACAUGACUGGUCCCCAAGGAAAGAAAGGACUAGGUUCGUCGCUCGUCGGUGCUGCGGGUGGAGGGUUUCUCGGUCAUAAGCUCGGGGGAGGAGUGCUGGGCACUGCUGGGGCGGCGAUUGCUGGAGCUGUCGGUGCGAACGCGGUUCGCAAGCUGUACGUCACGACGAGAGAGUGGAAGAACAAGAAGUAUAAGAAGCACAGAAAGUACCAUCGACGAGACAGUUCCAGUUCUAGUUCAGGCUCGAGUUCAAGCUCCAGCUCAUCCUCCAGUGAUUAG